AUGGAUACCAUUACUUUUGAUAUCAACGAUGCCUUGAAACAUUAUAUGAGCGAUCCUGCGACCAUCUCCACGCCUGAAGCCGACUCGAAUCUCGUCGAUUGCGAAAACGACCCGGAAUCCCUCACCAACUCCCUGAUCAACACGGUGCUCAACCCCAUAGUAGACUCGGUCGCGGAGAAUCCAGAUGCUAUAACAAGGAGCUCAUCAUUUGAUUCUCUUCAGUUUCUGCUAAAGUGUGCCCCAGUUUCCCUUAAGUCUAGUCAAAACUACCCUACAGAACCAGAUUCUGAGCUCUUCAAACUUUCUAGAUCAUCCUCUUUCCUGCCCACCCAUGCGCUGAGCAAAAUCUUUGAUUUGCUCAUCUCCGGUCUAUCGGCGGAAGCGGAUAUAAUCCAUACCGACCUCGAGACGGACGAACAAGAUAUUAUCGCCCACCACAAACAGUUGCUAGAGGUCUUUGGCUUCUUGCUUCAAUGGACCAUCGCGGCGGUCGAGACCAAGGCGGCGGAGAAAUCAAGUACAACCCCAGCUGUUCGGGGGAGGGGAAAGGGCGCCAAAGCCAAAACGAGUGCGAAGGAUGGCAACUGGGAUUCGUCUGCUCAGUUGCAGACGGCCUUGGAUACCAUGUGCAAGGUGCUGAAGUUAAAGCUCUCGAAGAUAUUCAUGACCACUUCUGAAAGAGAUACAUUUAUAAGCCUGUUUACCAGACCAGUGUAUAUGGUGUUGGAAAGCGAACAGAGAGUCAAGAAUACCGCGAUUCGGAUGUAUGCAUUCAAAGUUUUGUGCAUAGCAGUGAAGCAUCAUGGACACGGUUAUGCUGCACAAAUAUCCAUUGUCCAGAAUCUGACAUAUUUCGAGCAUUUGGCUGAACCUAUGGCUGAGUUCCUGCAUAUCCUCUCGGAACAGUACGAUUACCAGCAACUGAGUGACGAGAUUCUCCGAGAGCUCAGUAACAAGGAGUUCAAUAGUAAUGAUACGAAGGGACCGAAAUCAGUCUCCUCGUUCAUUGUGAAGCUCUCCGAGCUUGAGCCUAAGCUUGUCAUUAAGCAGAUGACGCUGUUGGCAAGACAGAUGGAUAGCGAAUCCUAUGCAUUGCGCUGCGCCCUCAUUGAAGUUUGCGGGAACUUGUUGGCCGACUUGAGCAAACAGGAAGAGCGUGGUGACAACUACAAAUCACAGUUAAAUGCGUUCUUUGACGUGUUGGAAGAACGUUUCCUGGACAUCAACCCCUAUUGUAGAUGCCGGUCUAUGCAAGUUUGGAUCAAGCUUUGCGACCUGGAGCAAAAGUUUCCAAAGCGUAGGCAAAGAAUCGCCGAGUUAGCAGCACGAAGCUUGGAGGAUAAGAGCAGCAAUGUCCGCCGAAAUGCCAUAAAGCUUCUUGGCUCUCUGAUCAAAACGCAUCCCUUCAGCAUUAUGCACGGAUCCCAGCUCAAUUACAAGGAGUGGAAUUCACGAUUAGAGGCAGUAGAUGCCGAGUUAAACGCAUUGAAGCCCCCUCCGGGAACUCCAGGUUUUGUUGAUACCAAAGUUGACGAGGCAUUGCUGGAUGAAGCCACUCAAGUCGAGUCCGAUUCUCCCAAAAAGCCAAUGAGCGAUGAGCAGAAAAUAGCGGCGGUUCGAAAGGCUCAGGAGGAUGCCGCGACUUCAGAAGCUAUCAACAAGCUGACUCUGACCAGACGAUACUAUGUUGAGGCUCUCAAGUUCAUCGAAGUCUUGCAUGGAGCAACCACCACCAUCUGUCAGCUGCUUGGGUCGAAGAAUAAGAGUGAAGUCAUCGAGGCUAUGGAUUACUUCGAGAUUGGUGACGCAUAUAACAUCGAGCAGAAUAAAGUCGGAAUCCGACGAAUGCUGCGACUUAUCUGGACGAAGGGCAAUAGCGACGAAGGCAAGGGUGUCCAAAAUCACCUCAUCGAGUGCUAUAAGCGCCUCUUCUUCGAGGCACCGGACACCUAUAGUAGCAAUGAUGCCGCCAAUUAUAUUGCCCGGAACAUGAUCAGCUUGACCUUUGGAGCGACACCAGCAGAAUUGACUUCUCUUGAGCAGUUACUUAGCACCAUGAUGAACGCUAAUCACAUUUCGGAACUCGUUGUUACAAAACUGUGGCAGGUUUAUGGCGUUCAGAAAAGGGAGAUCUCGAAGAGCCAACGACGAGGUGCGAUCAUUGUCCUGGGUAUGCUAGCAACCGCAAAGCCAGAAAUCGUUGUUGGGGAGAUGGAGACUAUGUUACGGAUAGGCUUGGGUGGACUUGGAAGAUCAGACUUGCAAUUGGCAAAAUAUACCUGCAUAGCACUACGGAGAAUCAACCCUACAGGACGGCAAGCAAAGGAGACCAAGGUUCAGACUUCGAAGCUCCCCAACGAUCAUGCUGUUCUCGCCAGGCUUGCUGCAAUCAUCGAGGUGGAAUCUGACAACAAGGAAUGGUACGGUGUAGCUGAGCAGGCGAUUAGUGCCAUCUACACUUUGUCAAAACACCCAGAUACUCUUUGCUCUGAGAUCCUGCGGAGAAAAACCAAGCACGUCUUCCAGAAGCGAACAGAGAAAACCCCCGAGCCCCAGCAAGCUCAGGAGGCAACCCAGAUAGAGACGCCUCCUCCUGAGUCAUCACCGGAAGCUCCUGUGGAACCAGAGAGCAAGUUAAAGGGCUCCGUCGCUUUGUCUCAACUUCUCUUCAUCGUUGGCCACGUUGCUAUCAAACAAAUUGUCCAUUUGGAGCUCUGUGAGCUCGAUUUCAAGAGGCGUAAGGCCGAGUCAGAGAAGAACAAGCCAGCCGCUGAAGCAGCAGCGGACAAAGCUGCCAAGGAAGCAGCAGAUGAUCUCGAUAUGAUUGGCGGCACAACGGAGGACGACUUUACAGAAGCCAUGGCUCACAUCCGAGAACGUGAGCUUCUAUAUGGCGAAAACUCGCUCCUUGCGAACUUUGGGCCCCUCGUCUCUGAGAUCUGCUCCAAUAACACAACCUACCGGGACCGCAAUCUCCAAGCAGCCGCCACAUUGUGCUUGGCAAAGCUCAUGUGCGUCAGCUCAGAGUACUGUGAGCAAAACCUCCCUCUACUCAUUACAAUCUUGGAGCGGUCAAAAGACCCUAUCACCCGUUCCAACGUCGUCAUCGCUCUCGGAGACAUGGCUGUCUGCUUCAAUCAUCUUAUCGAUGAGAAUACUGACUUCCUCUACCGUCGUCUUAACGAUAAGGAUGCAAGUGUCAAGCGCACAUGCUUGAUGACCCUUACCUUCCUCAUCCUUGCUGGUCAAGUAAAGGUCAAGGGCCAACUUGGAGAAAUGGCCAAGUGCUUGGAAGAUGAGGAUAAGAGAAUUGCCGAUCUGAGCAGAAUGUUCUUCACCGAGCUGAGCACGAAGGAUAAUGCGGUUUACAACCACUUCGUAGACAUGUUCAGUCUAUUGACUGCAGAGAAGGAUUUGGAGGAAGAUGCUCUGAAGAGAAUCAUCAAAUUCUUGGCUGGAUUCAUCGAGAAGGACAAGCAUGCCAAACAGUUGGCCGACAAGCUAGCAGCGAGGUUGCCAAGGUGUGAGAAUGAGAAGCAGUGGAACGAGGUUGCUUAUGCACUGAGUCUCCUACAGCACAAGAAUGAGGACAUCACGAAGAUGGUGUCAGGAGGAUUUAGGGUUGUUCAGGCCAAUGCUUAA